AUGCCCACUCAUUGCUGUGUCCCUGAAUGUAACCAAAAAGGUGUAAAAUCGCCAACGGGAGAGAAAGUAUCUUUUUUUGAAUUUCUAAAUCAAUCUUUACUGAGAAAGAGGUGGAUUCACGCGAUCCGACGAGACGAAGGAAAGAACUGGCAGAUCACUCGAGACACGAAAGUUUGCUCUUUGCAUUUUAGACGAGAAGAUCUUAGAAAGUCGCUCGCUGGACGAACUUAUCUUGUGGAUGGAUUUGUACCGUCAAGAUUUGCUUGGUCUAUUCCAUCCCCAAGGAAAAGAAAAGCACCAACUGAAAGGCUGCCUUUGCCAAUUCCCUUGUCUUCGAAGAAGCGGUUGUUUACAUCCGACACUUCUUCUGAAAUCAACAUCGCGUCUUCAGCUGUUGAAAGUGCAAAUGAAAUAUUUCCCAGUACAAGUGGAGGCAACGAAACAAAUGAGCCCGAUAUUAGCGUCGAGAGUAAUGUGGAAAUGGAUCAAGGAAAGAAAGUCGAGGAUCUUGAGGCUAGACUUUUGCAAUCUGAAAAGGAGGUUGCGGUCCUUCGAAAGAAGAACGAGGAACUGGAAAGAAAGAUUAUCGAAAAUGAACAGCACCAGGAGACACUAUCUUCCCGUUUAUUUUCUCUUAGACUUUUACAAUCUGAAAAGGAGCUUGCGGUCCUUCGAAAGAAGAACGAGGAACUGGAAAGAAAGAUUAUCGAAAACGAACAGCACCAGGAGACACUAUCUUCCCGUUUAUUUUCUCUUGAUCGCUUCAAGUCCAAUACGGAUGUUAAUUUUUAUACUGGCCUUCCUAAUUAUGCUACUCUCAUAAGUAUUUUUGAAUUUUUGAAUCCUGGUGAGGAUUGUGAAAACAUUCGCUCCAGGAUCAGCUCAGACGUUCCUGAGGAGUUUUACAACUCUGAAUCUGACGACGAGGAAGAUACAUCGUCAACCAAGAGAGGACGCCGCCGAAAACUUAAGCCUUUAGAGGAAUUUUUUAUUGUUCUGUGUCGCUUAAGGAGAGGAUUUUCUGAGCGACUUCUAGCUAACUUAUAUGGUGUGGCACAAUCAACAGUGAGCAGAAGUUUUAUCCAAUGGAUUAAUUUCAUGUACUUGAAGUUUGGACAAAUCUGCAUUUGGCCGUCUAAAGCUGUUGUACAACAAACCAUGCCUCUUGAUUUUAAGGAGAAAUUUCCCACUACAAGAGUCAUAAUAGACUGUACAGAAGUGUUUUGUGAAAUGCCAAGUAGUCUACUUUUAAAUUCAGAACUAUUUAGCUCCUACAAAAAUCAUGUGACAUUAAAAGGACUAGUUGGAAUUUCUCCAAGUGGUGCCAUCACUUUUGUGAGCCAAUUAUACAGUGGCAGUAUUUCUGACAGGGAAAUUGUUGUGCGAAGUGGGCUACUGUCACAAGCAUUUGAUGAUGGUGACUCGGCCAUGGCUGACAAAGGAUUUCAGAUUCAAGAUAUUUUGCCCUUGGGUGUUACCCUUAACAUCCCACCAUUUCUCGGAGGAGACAGCCAAAUGUCAGCGGAGGAUGUAGUACGGACACAGCAAAUUGCAAGUCUAAGGAUUCAUGUGGAAAGGGCAAUAAACAAGAUUAAGAACUUCCGUAUCUGGCAGAGAGUUGUACCAUUAAGUUUAUUCGGAGUCGUUAACCAGAUGUGGAGUGUGUGUGCUUUUAUGUGCAAUAUUCACGAUCCACUUAUUUCUGGAUAA